AUGCAUUUACUAAUGGCCUUGUUGCUUGUUAUAACUUCCGCUCACUUUAUCUGUGCUGCUGCUGAGCAACAUUAUGUGAAGGUUGCAGGCACUCCUCAUCCUCAUGGAUGGGAUGUCAUAUUUUACAUGUUUCAGCUUAUCAGGAAUGGUCUUUUCUUCACUGUCAUUAUGUUGAUUGGCAUCGGAAGGUGUUUGUGGAAGCCGUUUUGGAAAGGAAUGGAUACGUUGAUUUUGAUGAUUUUGAUGGAUGUGAUCCUACUUCAGGUUAUAGGUAAUGUAGCUUCUAUAAAGGCAGGGGAAACCAGCCAUUACGGUUACGACUAUUGGAAGUGGAAGGCAGUUUUUUUCUUGUCCGAUUACGGCUCUUGCGUUAUUAUGUUCUCCAUGUACUCAUCGAUUAUCUCGUUGAGGGAGGCUCAUGAGACUGAUGGGAGUGCUGCUAGGGAUUUGGAAAAGUUGCGUCUAUUUGUGUUGGCGGCUUUUGGAUACGUGUUUUUUACGAGAGUUAUUGUUGUUUUUGGACUGGCUCCCCUUGUUGUUGACAAGUGGCCAUGGAUGAUUGAUGCGGCAAAGGAAACCGGCAAUCUUGUGUUCUGUAUGGUUAUGUUUUACAUGUACAGGCCAUUAGAGAAACAUGUUGUGGGGGAUGAAGAGUUAGGGCUUUGA